UCGCCAAAAACUUAAUACACCCUCUCUACUAAAGUUUGAAAACUUUUCUCACUCUUUCACUUUUCCCUCGCUUUCUCGGGAAAAUGGCGAGGAAACGCAACAGGGCUCGGGUUCCAGGCGUACUGUGGCGCCUGUACCGCGACCGAGCGCGAACCCUCUCAGACGCCAUCACAUCUCUGCUCCCUCCGCCGCCGGUGCUCUGUCGCUGCAACGGCCGCCGUUGCCUUGGCUGCGCCGCCGACGCCAACUCCUUUCUCCUCCGACCAGGCGAUCCCUCCGAUUACCGGAAACUCCUCGCCAAGUGCUACGUCGUCGUUUCGGAAAACGCGCCUUCGGUUCCGUUCUUCGUUCCCCCGUCCGGCUUGCCCCAAGAUCAGAUUGUGAAGAGGACCAUUGAACGGAUGCUGUAUCGACGGGAGCCAUCGAAUGUGUUGUCCUAUGGUUAUGAUAGGCGUAAAUGUUCAAGCCCUACUGUGGAGCUUUUGUCCUGUGCAUCUUGGUGUCUUCUGUUAAGUAGGGUUGGAGAUGAUUUUAUGGUUUACUUGCUAAGGAAUACAUCAAUAUUCCUGCCAGUUCCCCAUGGAAAACACCACCAGGUGGGAGGUCCUCUAAUCAGUCGUGUAUGCUUUGAUAAGCUCAAGUGUCAACCCAAGUUUCACUAUCAGAAUGAUUCACAAAAGAGAAAAAGAGCUGAUGCUGAUGACCUGACAGUAGAGAAACUAAAGUGCCAUAUUUCUCAUAGUACCAAUGGUUCUCUGGGUUUUUCAAGUAAUGUUGGUUUAACUGAUAAGUCCUCGAUGCAACUGACCAGGCAUCAUGGGAGCAGGAAUUAUGAUGUGAGUGUCUUUGAAGUUCCCAAGUCAACAAGAACUGGAACUGUCACAAGCAAAUUAGAGUCAGAAGUGAAACAAGGCUUGAAUUGUAUUACACCUAGGCUUGGAAAGCGUUCUAGGCCAUUUAGUUGGCAGCGGCGCAGUAGCAAAUUGCAAAAGCAUUUAACCUUUGAAGAAAAUAGUCUAAAUACACAUUGCAACAUACCUGCUACUGAUACAGAUUGCUUGCAUGCUAGUUUUCAGCCCAACACCACCAGCUUAAGUUAUCAGAAAAAGAUGUUGUGGCAAUGUUCUUGCUGUUUAAUCUUGCAAUCUGUUCCCGCUGUUCCCAAGAGGACUGAUAUCAAAAGGCAAUCUAUUUUUUAUAACCUGGAGUCUUGUUCACUUCUUCCAAAGAAUCAUAUUUUAUAUUCCUUAAAGAAAAAUUUGGCUUGUUCGAAGCAUCUCAUUGGUGAAAUUUUUGGCUUCUCAUAUGUGAAUGCCGGUGCUCAGCCAAUGCUUUGUUUGCACAACAAUGACUCAUAUCUCAUUGACUCUGGAUGCCUGUAUCACGCCCUUGUUAAGUGGUUUAAGCAUCUCAUUCGUAGGACACGGUGUUGCCAGCAUACAAAGCUCUUGGAUAAGCAUUGUGUUCUUCCAUCAUUGGAUAAACAUACAAUUGGAGGAUCUAGUUCCAGACUUAAGGACAAUGUAUCAGAGACAAAGGAGCACAAGAAAUCUUGGGAGUAUGGUACUAAACAUUGUGCAGAUACUGUGGAAGCAAUAGAUUUGCAAUCUGAGGCAGUCAAGUUAUAUUGCCCAAAAAGUCAAGUUGUAUCUUUCAUAUGGGCUGUUUCUAGGAGUUUACUUCCUCCCGAAUUAUUAGGUACUCCUCCUGCUUGGAGAAUAAUGAGGAGAAAUAUUUCCAAGUUCAUACACUUACGACGAUUUGAGAAAUUCCCUUUAAAACUAUGUAUGCAUGAACUUAAAAUAUCUUUGUUUCCUUUCCUAUCAAAUGAAUAUUUCUUAAAUAGUCAGAAUGCUUGUGUUCCAAAGUAUCCAGAAGGGAAAAAUAAAUUAUUUCAUCAAGAAUUCAAGAAUUGGAAUGAUUCCGUGCAUGGUAUUAAACGUAAACUUCUGGAGAAGUGGAUCUUCUGGUAUUACUCUUGUCUGGUUGUACCUUUGGUGCAAGCAAGCUUCUAUGUUACUGAAAGUGAGCAAGGGAAACAAGAUAUUUACUAUUAUCCGAAACCUGUUUGGGAAAAGUUGUCUGGUAGCACUAUUGCUUGCUUCAAAGACUGGAGAUGCAGUAACCUGGAUGAUAUGGCUGUACGUAAUAUUCUUAGAGGUAGAUCAUUUGGGUUUUCAAAGCUUAGACUUCAACCAAAAGAAAAUGGAGUAAGGAUGGUGGCAAAUCUGAAAGGUUCUUCAAGAAUGCCAUUGCUUGUGUCCACUAAGGGGGUUCAAAAUUGCCAAACAUGGGGGAAGGUAAAACACGAGAAAAUUAAGUUUGAACAUUAUCAGUCUGUGAAUUCUGUUCUUCGUGAUGCCCAUACUAUUAUCAAAGGAAUUCUGUUCAAGGAACCGGACAAGCUAGGUUCUUCAGUGUUUGACUACAAUGAUGUUUACAAAAAGUUAUGCCCAUUUUUGGUUGGCCGAAAGAAGGGAUCAACAUCUAUGCCUAGUCUAUUUAUUGUCACGUCUGACGUGUUGAAAGCGUUUGAUUAUAUUGAUCAGGACAAGCUGCUUGGCAUAAUGAAUGAUGUUCUACUGAAAGAUGAAUAUUCUCUUAAGCAGUAUGAUCAAGUUGUUUGCACAAAGAAGUCUCUCUGGGUUCAAAAGCAAUUUACGAUGCUGGAUGAAACAAGUAACAAUGUUCAUACACGAUUCACUUCAUUUGCUUCCUUUCGUUCCAGGCAUUCUGUCUUUGUUAACCAGGAACGAUGGAAGCUUGUGAAAAAGAAAGUUCUAUUUUCAGAUCUUAUGGAGCAUGUGAAGCACAAUGUGUUGCAAUUUGAUGGGAAAUUUUACUUGCAAGGUGUUGGUAUUCCCCAGGGAGGGGUUUUGUCAUCUUUGCUUUGCUCCAUAUAUUAUGGACAUUUGGAGAGACAUUUAAUAUUUCCAUUUCUUGAGAAGACUCGUGAGUCUGGCAAUUGCAAGGAGAAUAACAGUGCACAAACCAACUGUGAUAAUAAAGUUUCAUCUUACAUGCUAAUGCGAUAUAUUGAUGAUAUCCUUUUUAUAUCAACCUCAAAGAAGCAGGCAGCUAGCUUUCUCUCCAGGCUACAAAGAGGAUUUCGUGGUUACAACUGCUACAUGAAUGAGAAAAAGUUUGGUGCAAACUUUGAUGUAGAACAGAUAUUAGGCUCUCAAUUAAACCGAGUUUAUGCGAGUGAAAAUGGUGCUACUUCAUUUCUUCGAUGGAGUGGUCUUCUUAUCAAUUGCUCCACCAUGGAAAUUCAGGCUGACUACUCCAAGUACUUGUGUAACCAUUUAAGCUCGACACUUACUGUUUGCUGGCAAGGUAAACCUGGUAUUCAUCUUAAGGAGAAGUUGCAUCUCUUUCUGAGACCUAAAUGCCACCCUAUAUUCUUUGAUUCAAAUAUAAACUCAGCAGCAGUUGUCAGAUUGAAUAUUUAUCAAAUAUUUUUGUUAUGUGCAAUGAAGUUUCAUUGCUAUAUUCGGGAUCUAUCAUUCAUCUGCAAACUUCCCAAAAGAUACUGUUCAAACAUUAUUCAGAGAUCUCUGAGAUAUAUGCACCUUUUGAUAAAGAAAAGGAUGCAUUCCAUGAGUCUUAAUUCAGAUAUACAGCCGAUGCUUGAGUUGGAGAAGGAAGAAGUGGAAUGGCUUGGAUUUCAUGCUUACAUACAAGUACUAAAGAGAAAGGAAUCACGUCAUAAGGAGUUGCUGGCAGUUCUGAGGUUAAGGUUGUUAUCACACAGAAUGUCUGGGAGGGUGUCCCCUGAACUGAAAUAUGCGAUUAAUAAAAAAAAUUCCUCUUUACUUUGGGACAUCAAGUAUUAGCUCUUGAAGGUAAGAGACAAUCGUACAUGAUAGAAGUGAUAAGUUGCCGUGGGAAUGCUUGUUCUUUCAAUUGUUUUUUUGAACAUACAGCUAUGUGAUGCUGAGUGGUAGAUUUGGUUAUUAUAUCUGGCACACGUGUUUUUGUUGUUUUUUUGUUUCACAUGGCUUUGAAUCAGGGAGAAGAGUCCAUGUCAUGUCACGUUCAACAGUAGAAAAGUUACUAGAAAAAGGGAGAUUUGAAUGGUGUACUCCGGUAAAUGUUGAAAACUGUUUUACCUACAUCUUUUUGUUUUGUAGUUACAUUACAUACCAAGUGCAACUAGUUACAUUACAUACCGGUUAUUAUAUCUUUUUGUUUUACGUUCUAUUA